AUGAUAAAUUCAAAUCAAACGAUUGUGUCAUUUAAUUGUUAUCAAAACAAUAGAACAUGUCAACUAUUCAAUAACGGUCUAAACUUUUUCCGUAAUCAGUUAAAUGACGAAUUAAAUACUUCAUUCUAUUUUCUACAAUAUCCACCGAGAAAUUUUACUGAUUUAUUAUGGUCAUUUGAUCGAAGUAUCAAUGAUGAAUCAAGUUUUGUUUAUAUGACACAAAAAGGUGUUGUUUCAUAUAUUUUACCUAGAAUUUAUGGUCGAGGUGCCGCUUUGGUUUUCAACGGUGCCCAAUAUUUGACAGCAUCUUCUCCAUAUCUUGAUACAACAUCAAAUGGUUUUACUUUUGAAAUGUGGAUUUAUAUGAUUGGAUCCCUUUUACCGAACCAAGUAGAUCUAGGUUUAGUAGGUCAAUGUUUACGUCAAAAUACAGGAAAUUGUCUACAUAUGUCAGUACGAAAAAGACUUCCACAAUCAAUUUUUAUCAAUGGUCAACUUGAUAGCAGUGUUAUCCCUUCGGGUGGUUUGAAUUUGAAUCCAAUGACGAAUAUUUCAUUAACUAUCGGUAAUAUACAAGAUCUUGUUAAUUCUCAAGCAUAUCAUGGAUAUCUUGAUCAAUUAUCACACAGUAGUCGACCAAAAUCUUCCAAUGAAAUACUUGAUGAUGCUACUCUUGUCUUUUAUUUUGCUUUUAAUAGCAAUUCAUUUCUUGAUUCUGGUCCAAAUAGAAUCAUUGGAACACCAUAUAAUGUUAUCUUAAUUAAUGAUGCUCUUCAAUUUUAUCAAUCUUUUUCAUCUUUUCAAAUCGAAACUUUCAUCCCUCCUUAA